AUGCACUGGACACCAGGCGCACUGAGCCGGAACCAUCCUUCCUGGCUGGAUGCUCACCCUAGCCCGGCAGAUGCGGGGAGCUGGGAUGUAGCGCAUAACACGGUGCCUGACCAGUACGGAGCUCGCCACUGUAAGCACAGGGAGUUGGCUCAGAGACCCAGACCCAGACCAAGAACCAGACCCAGAGACCCAGACCUAGACACAGAACCAGACCCAGAGACCCAGACCCAGAACCAGAGACCCAGACCUAGACACAGAGACUCAUACCCAGAGACCCAGAUCCAGACCCAGAGAAACAGACCUAGACCCAGUGACCCAGACCCAGACCCAAGACCCAGACCGAGAACCAGAACCAGACCCAGAGACCCAGAGACCCAGAGACCCAGACCUAGACCAGAGACUCAUACCCAGAGAACCAGAUCCAGAGACCCAGACCUAGACCCAGAGAUCCACAGACCCAGUGACCCAGACCCAGACCCAGUGACCCAGACCCAGAGACUCAUACUCAGAGACCCAGACCCAGAACCAGAACCAGAACCAGACCCAGAGACCGAGAGACCCAGACCUAGACCAGAGACUCAUACCCAGAGAACCAGAUCCAGAGACCCAGACCUAGACCCAGAGAUCCACAGACCCAGUGACCCAGACCUAGACCCAGAGACACAUGCCCAGCGACCCAGACCCAGAGACCAAGACCCAGAGACCCAGAGACCCAGAGACCUAGAGACCCAGAGACCCAGAGACCCAGACCCAAAGACCCAGAGACCCAGAGACCAAGACCCAGAGACCCACAGACCCAGACCUAGACACAGAGACAGACACACACACAGACACAGAGAUUCAUACCCAGAGACCCAGACCCAGAAACUCAAUGCAAAUGGGCGCAUUGCGGUUUCUGACCUGAACUAUACAAGUAUACAAAGAAUACAGACCAAGAGACCCAGACCCAGAGACCCAGACCCAGAGACCCAGACCCAGAGACCCAGAGACCCAGCAACCCAGACCCCCAGCAACCCAGACCCAGAGACCCAGACCCAGAAACCCAGACCCAGAGACCAAGACCCAGAGACCCAGACCAAGAGACCCAGAGACCUAGUGACCCAGAGACCCAGAGACCCAGAGACCCAGACCCAGAGACCCAGAGACCAAGACCCAGAGACCAAGACCCAGAGACCCAGAGACCCAGAGACCCAGAGACCUAGAGACCCAGCGACCCAGAGACCCAGAGACCCAGCAACCCAGAGACCAAGACCCAGAGACCCAGACCCAAAGACCCAGAGACCCAGAGACCAAGACCCAGAGACCCAGCAACCCAGAGACCAAGACCCAGAGACACAGACCCAGAGACCCAGUGACCCAGACCCAGAGACCCAGAGACCCAGAGAACAAGACCCAGAGACCCAGAGACCAAGACCCAGAGACCCAGCAACCCAGAGACCAAGACCCAGAGACCCAGACCCAGAGACCCAGAGACCAAGAGACCAAGACCCAGAGACCCAGACCCAGAGACCCAGUGACCCAAACCCAGAGACCAAGACCCAGAGACCCAGAUCCAACAACGUCGGCAGUUCAGCCGUGAAGGCCCGGCGGGGCUCCGCGCAGGCAGCAAAACGGGUCCGUACAGGUGACCGCAGCCCAGGAGCGAUUGAUGGAACUCCUCAGCUGGCUAGCUCCGGAACAACCGAUGCUCGCUCCGGAAUCGACGAAAACUCCAACUAUAGCCAGGAACAUUUUGUUGUGUUUUGUAUUUUACAUAAUGCUAAACAACCACCAUCACCUCCACUACCUCCACAACCACCACCACCUCCACCACUACCUCCACCUCCACCACUACCUCCACAACCACUACCACCUCCACAACCACCACCACCUCCACAACCACCACCACCACCACCCCCACCACCUCCACAACCACCACCACCUCCACAACCACCACCACCUCCACCACUACCUCCACCUUCACCACUACCUCCACAACCACCACUACCUCCACCACUACCUCCACAACCAACACCUCUACAACCACCUCCACCUCCACCACCUCCACCACUACCUCCACAACCACCACUACCUCCACAACCACCUCCACCUCCACCACUACCUCCACAACCACCUCCACCACUACCUCCACCUUCACCACUACCUCCACAACCACCACUACCUCCACCACUACCUCCACAACCAACACCUCUACAACCACCUCCACCUCCACCACUACCUCCACAACCACCACCUCCACCACUACCUCCACCUUCACCACUACCUCCACAACCACCACUACCUCCACCACUACCUCCACAACCAACACCUCUACAACCACCUCCACCUCCACCACUACCUCCACAACCACCACUACCUCCACAACCACCUCCACCUCCACCACUACCUCCACAACCACCUCCACCACCACCUCCACAACCACCAUCACCUCCACAACCACCUCCACCACUACCUCCACAACCACCACUACCUCCACCACUACCUCCACAACCACCACCUCUACAAACACCUCCACCUCCACCACUACCUCCACCACCUCCAGCACCUCCACCACGACCUCUACAACCAGCACUACCUACAUCACCAUCUCCACCACCUCCAUCACAUCCACCACAACCUCUACAACCACCACCACCUCCACCACCUCCCCCACUAUCUCCAAAACUGCCACCACCUCCACCACCUCCACCACCACCACUACCUCUACAACCACCACUACCGCCACCACCACCUCCACCACCUCCACCACUACCUCUACAACCAUCACCACCUCCACCACUACCUCUACAACCAUCACCACCUCCACCACCUCCACCACCUCCACAACCACCACUACCUCCACCACCAUCUCCAAAACCGACACCACCUCCACCACUACCUCCACCACCUCCACCACCACCACCACCGCCACUACCUCUACAACCACAACCACUACCACCUCCACAACCACCACCACAACCACAACCUCUACAACCACCACCUCUACAACCACCACCAGAACCACCACCUCUACAACCACCUCCACCACCACCUCCAACACCACCUGCACAACCACCACCUCCACCACUACCUCCACCACCUCCACCACCUCCACCACCACCACCACUACCUCUACAACCACAACCAUUACCACCUCCACAACCACUACCACAACCACAACCUCUACAACCACCACCUCCACAACCACCACCAGAACCACCACCUCUACAACCACCUCCACCACUACCUCCAACACCUCCACCAUUACCUCCACCACUACCUCUACAACCACCACAACCACCACCACAUCCACCACUACCUCUACAACCACAACCACUACCACCUCCACAACCACCACCACAACCACAACCUCCACAACCACCACCAGAACCACCACCUCUACAACCACCUCCACCACCUCCACCACUACCUCCAACACCUCCACCACUACCUCCACCACUACCUCUACCUCUACAACCACCACAACCACCACCACAUCCACCACUACCUCUACAACCACCACUCCCUCCACUACCACCUCCACCACCUCCACCUCCACCUCCACAUCCACCACCUCCACAACCACCACCACCUCCACCACUACCUCUACAACCACCACUCCCUCCACCACCACCUCCACCACCACCACCACUACUUCUACAACCACCACCCCCUCCACCACCUCCACCACCACCACUACUUCCAGCUCCUCACCCUUCCCUAUUUCUCCUCAUCCUCUAA